ACUAAGUGUGGUCUCUUUAGUGUACCGUAGCAGUGCCGUACAUCAGAUGCAAUUGUCGAAGUGUUUCAUCCACAACAGAGGUCACAAACAGACAGUCAUUUAGCUAGCUAGUUCCACAAGUCAACCCCCCUGAUGCUGUGUGUCAGGAUGGGAGGAGACCACGGCAGUAAACUAAACCUGCCAGACUUCAAGCAGUGGAAGGUGGAGGGGACACCUCUGGAGUUCACACAGCAGAGACUGGCAGCUAGAGGACUGAAGGACCCAUGGGCACGUAACGAGGUGUGGCGGUACAUGGGAGGAUUCAGUCGUCCUGUAUCCCUGGGAGACGUGAUGCUGAGGGGUUUUAAAUGGGGCUUCGCUGCCUUCGCCGUGGCCCUGACUGUAGAGUACGCUCUCUUCCCCCCCAAGAAGUCUGACCACUGACCUCUACCCCCAGAACACAACCGGAUCAGAUGUUCUUUCUGUAAAAUAAAUAAUAAUAAAUGUGUUUUCAUCCACUAAA